AUGUGCACGGUGCCCCGGGGCGGCGGGGGUUGCGGCGGGGGUUGCGGCGGGGAGGGCGGGGUGGGCGGGGGUUGCGGGUGGGGGUCGGGGUCUGCGGCGCGGGUGACGGUGGCGCGUCUGAAGGCGCUGGGGGACGAGCUGCACGAGAGGACGGCGGCGCGGAGGAGGCGGCUGGGCCGCGGGGGACGGGGCCGGGGGGUCCUGCCCUCCCUGCCUUCGUCCCUGCCCUCCCUGCCCUCCCUGCCUUCAUCCCUGCCAUCCUCGCCCCCGGGCUGGGCUUGGCUGUGCGCGGCGGCGCAGGUGGCGGUCCUGGCGGCCUGGCUGCUCCGGAGGAGAAACCUCUAA